AUGGACUUUGGUGCUGGCUCAGGCUUGAAUGGCCUGUUCAAAAUAGGUCAAACUGUCUAUGAGUUGGUUGCUGUGACCGAGCAAACGCACGAUCUCCUUGAUUCUGCCAACCAUGUUUCAUUAUCAGUAGAAACAGUUCGGUCCCUACGCCGUCAANAAUCUGGUCUCCUCCAAGCAGAGGAGAAGAGAUGGGUGGAUCGAGUGAUCGACGAUACAGAGAAGACAUUGAAUAAUGUUGCCUCACUUGUGGAACCAGCGCGAGUGGAUAUGCAGACAAAUUUCGGCAAGAUUGGGCUUGUAAAUCGAGCGCUGUUUGUAUUCCGUGACUCACCCAAGGUCGCGACGAAUCUCACAAGACUCACCUUGACCAGUCAGAGCCUCAAUACAGCUCUCACUAUGCUGAGCUCGAGGGAGGGUACUCAUCCAAAAGCGACUCGAGCCUGUCAGGACAGCGACUCUUCGCCUUCUGAACCCAUCAUCCAGAUUCAGGAAGCUACAAAACCACCACCAUCGUACCAAGAGAGCGAGUAUCUGAAUCGUAAACGGUUGUCGAGAUCGAAUCCAUCUUCCAUGAGUCUGCGCAAGAGUCUCUCACCAACGAUUACAUCGGUGCCUCCACCAAUACCUUUGGACUCUAAACCCUCUGCACUCAGACCAGUGUUGCCAGGAUUUCCUGAGUUGCCUGCUCACCAGAUCAGUGAGUCCCAAAUCCAUGGAGAUUCAUCGGACUACAAGUAUGAACCGUACAGACGACCGCUUGAGAUUCCUUACGGAGAAGGCCCUCACAGCCAAGUACUCAAUAUCCCGUUCUCUUCUGUGGCGACGCAAGUUCAGGAACCAGAGUCGUUGAAUGGGAGUGAACUCUCUUUGGCCCGCCGGGACCUACCAUAUCCCUACCAAGAGAGCCAAAAUUCAACAUCCAUCGAGAUGCCAGAUCAAGAUCAUUACGGGUAUCGCACUGUGUCCCCAUCAUAUCUUGAGACAUAUGGUUGGCGAGACGCAGCCUCACGGUUUCCGACAACAUCACUGUGCUUACCCUAUCCUGUUCUCACAUCUGACUUCUCUGGAUCAGCUCCUCGUACUCAUCAGCAGGUCCACAGUGGCCUUGCCAGACUUCCAUGCGAGGAGCGUGGAGCAAGGAGAUUGCACCGUGUUCAUUCAGAGAUACCGAUUUGCCUCCAGUUGGGUCAGAAGCGGGAAACAGAACCACUCGACAACAACCUGUCUUUCGAAGAACCCGAGUUCCAACGAAGAUUGACUGCGAGCCAAACAAGGAAACAGUGGUAUGCUGACAAUGCAGUAUAA